AAGCCAAAAGACAAAAAUGGACGCAUUACCAGCCACACCUUAAACGUCUUUCGCGACAAAUCUAAGGACCCCUACGUCAGUUCUUCGCUCCUUCUCCAGCUUAUCAUCCCUCCCAUCUCCUACCAAGCCCUAACCCACAAAGACCAAACCUCUCGCAUCCAUUCUAAGAAAGAUACCAAGCAUGGGGGCAGCAACAGCGGACAACGAUCAAGCAGUAAUCUUCACCUACGGUACGUUAAAACAAGGAUUCUAUAACCACAGGCUGAUCCAGGACAUGAUCCUCGCCGGCGAUGCUGCCUUCCUCGGCAUCGCUCUCACUGCCGAUCGAUACCCCCUUGUAUGCGGCCCUUACCGCGUCCCCUUCCUCAUCAACAUUCCCGGCGCCGGUGAGCUCGUCAGUGGUGAACUCUACGCUGUCUCCCGCCGUGCGAUCGCUCUCGUUGACGAGCUUGAGGGAAUCUCCCGCGGUCACUACGAGAGACUCCCGAUCACCGUUCGCCUGCCGAUCGGCGGCGAGGAAGGAGGUGAGGAGGGAUUGGUGGUGGAGGCGGAAGCUUACUUCGCACAUCAGAGCUUUGGUGAGAAGAUGUGGAGGAGGAAUGGGGAAAAGGGGAUCUGCGCUUAUUCUUCCGAUGAAGCGGUUGGGUACGUUAAGCGGAAGGAUAGGCCGCAGGAGAUCACAUUCCUUGAUCAGAUUCGGAUCUUCGUCUCCUCAACCAUGGAUUAGUUAAAUUGGGAGGAUGAGGAUUCUAGGGCGAUUUUUUCUUUCCAGUCGGAGGGAGGUUUUUGCAGAAGUCUUUUUUUUGCCGUCCACCCCACUCCAUUAAUGUAUUUACGGAUUUCUCCUGCUUCAGAAUAAGUUUUGUUUUUGAUGAACCAAUUUGUGAUGUAAUCUAGAAACAACUCUUGUUCCUAGAUUAAAUUUGAAAAUUGAACAACGAAAUAAAUUU